AUGCCAACCAACACCUCCUCCCCUGUCAAGCGCCCCGGCCUGGGCCGCCGCGCCGUGUCUUCACAUGCGGUCGUCACGAGGACCAACGCCAACGCCGGCUCCAACCCCAACGAGCUGUCGCAAUCUCACUCCUCCAAGACCACCACCGUGCACCAUAAGCCUCACCGAGCUCAUGUCGUGGGCGGUGGUCACCGCAACCACCACCGAAACCCUUCCUUUGGAAAGAACCUGAACAAACUCCAGCGCUUCCAACUAGGUCCUGAGACCACCAGUCGACAUCAUCAGCGCAAGAAGUCAGCCCCCGCUACUCCUAUCGGCAGCCCCAAGGGCCAAGCACAUGUACACUGGGCUGGGGCGGUGGACGACCAUCCCAAGGAAUCGAUGAAGAGAAAUUACUCGACCCCCGUACUCCGACGGAAUAACUCAGCGAUAGUGAAGAAGACCUUGGUGACGGAGCGGCCACACUCGAGCGCGGGAAAGAAGAAGUCGGUCGGAUUUGAAUUGGGUGACGACGAUGACAACGACGACGCCGAGUGGGAAGAUACCACACAAUCACCCGAAAGUACGAGGCGCAAUUCCGUUGCCCCUUCCAACCAUAGCGCAGAUAACAAUCAGGUCUUGGUCGAUCCUCUUACAUUUGUGAAGCGGCCAUAUCCGCAAAUUUCCCGCGCGACCAGCUUGCCUGAUUCUAUCACGAGCAAAUUCGUACGGGAUCAUCCCGACGAGGACCACGAAGAGGACGAGGAACAGGAGGACGAGGAGGACAACUCCGACGAUACACAGGGUCCUAGUCAACCGACGGACCAAGGCGAUAUCGCGAACCGCCUCCUGAGCCCCUCACACUCGGCCAAGGCACCGCCCGCUAUGUCUUCCAUCUCGGCGAUGGCCAAGCCGUCGGAUUCGACCUCGCGCAGCACUUCACUCAACUUGACGGGUGGCCUGGAUGCGGCACGGCGUAAUUACUCUACAUCCAACCUCAACAUGGCCCAAAUACCCGGCAGCCAACCUCAAGCUACUUCAUCCUCUAUGGAAGGUGGCGUGUCCAGAUUCAUUAUGAGCAACAAGACCGGCUUACAGUCCUCUUCACGAACGGACUCAGACCCGAACACUCCAUCCUCGUUCCUACCUCACUACCAUCCGCAAACGCCGCCAUCUCCCAACCGUGCCAACGGCAAAUCCACCGCGUCGCCAGCACGUCCUCGUGGUGUCGACUUGCCCUCGCGAACCCAGCAGAAGCUCUGGCUUCAACGCACUGCCACUCUGAACAACUCCCCACCCGACUCUCAUGGUGUACCUACAACUGUAUCGCCAUCGAAUAUUGACCCAGCCUUUGUUCCGGGCGGGCACUCCCGCGCUGGAUCGAACUUUGACGGCGGCCGAGGCAUGAAUGGCAGCGGUCGGGCUGGAGUGCCGGGCCAUGAUACUGAAGCGCGUCAAAUUCGCAAGGCGUACGAGAAGGUCUCGUUGGAGCUGAUGGUGGCACGUCGGUUCCAGUCUCCCACGGCCGACAGCUUCUACCGUCUUCGCGCGGUAGCCCGCGCAACAGCAGUCAGUGCUCAGAGUGGAUCUGCAUUGGGCAAACCUGUCAAAUCAGCCCCCGCUCUCACGCUUCUCCAGCAAGGCAAUCGACCUACUCGGCUGGACUCGAGCCCCGAGACGAAGUCGCAGUUGCCUGAUCCCCACUCCUCGGCCUCUGAGGACCCCGCAACACACAGCGAAUCCACCGAUACCACCCAGGCAGCUACAUCUUCCCACCCAUCCCACCGGAUCUUGUCGACUUCCGAUGAAGCUGCGCAUGGCCUGACCGGCGAUCAUUCCUCGGAUGACUUCCCCAACUUGAGCGAGACCGACUUGAUGAUUCGGCGAAUGUGGGAGACUCGGGAGGUGGCCACGUCUGGUUGA